GGCAUCUUGUUGAAUCCAUCAUCUUUGCUUCAACCUUGCUCUAGUUCUCGAGCACGCGCAGUCAAGAGAAGGUGUGCGCGCGUAGUCUGUCAGUUCGCGAGACGGUCAUGGCCUUCAUCACGCGCCAGUUCAUUAGAUCUCUAUCAUCCUCCGCUGCUCGACAUGCAGCGAUUAAACAUGUCACCAUUAUCGGAGGAGGACUGAUGGGUGCAGGCAUUGCACAGGUUGCUGCAAGCACAGGGCAUUCGGUAGUGUUGGUGGACACGUCUGAAGACAUACUGAAGAAGUCCAUCAAAGGCAUCGAAACUAGUUUGAAGAGAGUGGCGAAAAAGAAGUUUGCCGAAAAACCAGAGGAUGGGGAAGCAUUCGUACAGAAAGUGGUCAAGAACAUCGCCAUAGCGACAGAUGCUGCGUCUGUAGUUAAGGGCACUGACCUCGUGGUGGAGGCUAUCGUGGAAAACCUCAAAAUUAAACAAAAUAUUUUUGGAUCUCUGGACAAGGUGGCUCCAGAGCAUACAAUCUUUGCAAGCAACACGUCUUCCCUGCCCAUCGCAGACAUUGCCAGCUCCACCGCCAGAUUAGAUCGCUUUGGUGGUCUUCAUUUUUUCAACCCUGUCCCAAUGAUGAAGCUGGUGGAGGUGAUCAAGACCCCGUCAACAAGCCAACAGACAUUCGACACACUUCUUGACUUCAGCAAAGCUUUGGGGAAACAUCCUGUAUCGUGUAAAGACACUCCUGGAUUUAUAGUGAAUCGCCUGCUGGUUCCAUACAUGAUGGAGGCCAUUCGAUUACAUGAGAGAGGUCACGGAUCAAAAGAAGACAUCGAUGUGGCUAUGAAGCUCGGCGCUGGUUAUCCAAUGGGUCCUUUUGAGCUACUGGAUUAUGUGGGAUUGGACACUUCAAAGUUUAUUAUUGACGGUUGGCAUGCGAUGGAUCCCGAUAACCCACUGUUCAGCCCCAGCCCCUUGCUCAACAAACUGGUGUCGGAAGGCAAGCUGGGCAAGAAAACCGGGGAGGGUUUUUAUAAAUACAAAUAAGAGAAGUGAAGAUCGUUCUGGUGGUCUUCAACAAAAAAACGUAUCAACUGUAUCAUCCUGCGGCUUGCAUGAAGCUACUGCUUGUGAAACAGUACUUGGACACACUACAGUACACCUAGUGCCUUGCUAUGGUUGUUAAAGACUUCCCAUUUAUUUUGAAUGUUUAAGAAAUGACUGUGGCAUUAAAAGGUUUGAGAUUCUUCCUAA